UGUUUGGGGAGGUACUGGCUUGGUGUUUAGGGGGCAUUGGUUCUUUAGACCCAAAGGGUCAUGAUUUCUUAUUGCAAACCUCCGAUGUAUUCUGGACAGGUAUUGGGCUUGUGUUGUAUUUUAUGUAUUUGUACAUGUAACUCCUUGAUAGCAUCUGUCGAGUGUGAUAGCAAGGAUCUCAUUUUAGUUACAUGCUCACCAACUCUCACUGCUGGCAAUUCUGCCACCCAAAGAGGAUUGUCUCCCAUGGAAACCUUGCUUGAUCGAGUCCCUUUUAGUGCUGUCGGGCCGUCGGGUAAUAUGGGCAAACACGUUUCCAUAGACUUUUUUGUCGUGGCACAGCCACCAAAUGAGUAUUGACAUUGGUGCAGAGGUCUGACCACUGCUAACCUUCAUAUCAUGCUGCUCACCGAUUGUGUUGAGAUGAGCUGACGCCCGUAAGGCCAGAGUGAACCUGAGGCCAAAUCUAGUGUGACCCGCUC